UCUACCCGUGCAAGCAUUGCUGCACUUCUCCAACCCCUGGCUACUUUGAUUGCAUUCCUUUCUUUGUAUUUAAACAUCCGGGUUUUCCUACUGGCUGUGCUUACUCUCCUCUCAGAAGCCAUUUUGGACUCAGUUCAGUUUCUUGUAUGUCAAAAUCCGACCCUGUCCCUAGCCAUUCUCGGUUUCAGAGGAAAAGGUGAAUGCGCACAACGAAUAACGACUAACCGAUACAUAGUAAAAUUGGUUUGUUUUUAUUUUGUUCGUCGUAGAUGGAAUAGAUCGAUCUUUUCCAGAUGGAUUUGUGUACGUUCUAAAGUUGUUAUAGCCCGUGCAAUUUUGUUGCAUCGGGGGCUGUACGCACAAAAGCAAGGCAAACUCUCGGUGCGGUGGACAUCGAAGGCCGUGGGUCAUUUGGCUCGUAGUGUUGAACCGAUCAUCUUUUUUAAAUGUUCGCGAAGGAAACGAGAUUACAAAGUGGAAAAUCCGGCGCCACUCUUUUUCAUUAAAGGAAUAUGUUUGCCUCCUGGGUGACUUUUGCACUUCUGGGAACUUUUUGUGCAGGGCCCAGCCAUGGAGAGGUGGACACCCAUGUGUGCUUGUACUACAACAUCAACUGGGAGAUGGAGAAGACGAACCAGAGCGGCGUGGAGCACUGUGAGGGGGAGAAGGACAAGCGAUCGCACUGCUACGCCUCAUGGCGGAACAACUCAGGCACCAUCGAGUUGGUGAAGAAAGGCUGCUGGUUGGAUGACUUCAACUGCUACAACAAGCAGGAGUGCGUGGCCACGGAGGAGAACCCCCAGGUGUUCUUCUGCUGCUGUGAGGGCAACUCCUGCAACGAGCGCUUCACCCAUCUGCCUGAAGUCAUCCAUGGACCAGAUAUCAAGCCCUCCACGCCCUCUCUGCUCAACGUGCUGGUCUACUCCCUCCUCCCUGUCACCAUGCUGUCCAUGGCGCUGCUUCUGGCCUUCUGGAUGUACCGCCACCGCAAGCCCCCCUAUGGCCAUGUGGACAUCAAUGAGGAUCCUGGCCCACCUCCACCCUCUCCACUGGUUGGACUCAAACCCCUGCAGCUGCUGGAAAUCAAAGCCAGGGGGCGCUUUGGGUGUGUGUGGAAGGCCCAGAUGAUGAAUGAUUAUGUAGCUGUGAAGGUCUUCCCUAUUCAGGAUAAGUUGUCGUGGCAGAAUGAGCGGGACAUCUUCAUUAUGCCAGGGAUGAAGCAUGAGAACCUCCUGCGUUACAUUGCUGCAGAGAAGCGUGGGUCCAACUUGGAGACAGAGUUCUGGCUAAUCACAGAGUUUCAUGAAAGGGGUUCCCUGACGGAUUACCUGAAAGGGAAUGCGGUGAGCUGGAAUGACCUUUGUCACAUUGCGGAGACUAUGGCCUGUGGCCUGGCCUAUCUGCAUGAGGACGUGCCACGUUAUAAAGGAGAGGGGCCCAAGCCAGCCAUCGCUCACAGGGACUUCAAAAGUAAAAAUGUCAUGCUGAAAAAUGACCUCACCGCGGUCAUUGGUGACUUUGGUCUGGCAGUGCGGUUUGAGCCAGGGAAGCCACCCGGAGACACCCACGGCCAGGUGGGAACCAGAAGGUAUAUGGCACCCGAGGUGCUGGAAGGAGCCAUUAACUUCCAGAGGGAUGCCUUCUUGAGGAUAGACAUGUAUGCCAUGGGCCUGGUGCUCUGGGAGCUGGUGUCACGCUGUAAAGCAGCCGAUGGCCCUGUAGAUGAGUACAUGUUGCCCUUCGAGGAGGAGAUCGGGCAGCACCCGUCCCUGGAGGACCUUCAGGAGGUUGUGGUCCACAAAAAAAUGCGGCCGGUAUUCAAGGACUGCUGGCUUAAGCACGCUGGCCUGGAGGCGUUGUGUGAGACGAUAGAGGAGUGCUGGGACCACGACGCCGAGGCCCGACUCUCAGCCGGCUGUGUGGAAGAGCGGAUCUCCCAGAUCCGCCGGCUCAAUAGUGCCACUACCUCGGACUGCCUGGUUUCUAUGGUGACUUCGGUCACCAACGUGGACUUGCCACCCAAAGAGUCCAGUAUCUGAGUCCUACCCUCCUUUCAUUUUUCCUCUAUGAUACAGAAAUCAAAACAACAUCAACAAAUGGAAAAAGACAUACCAUGAAACAUUGUGAAACAAGCAAGCAAAAUGAAACAACCUUCAUCUUUCCAGACUCAGCGGAUCUCAGACGACAACAACAUGAAUGCAGCUGCUAUUUUAUUCAACAUUUUUUAAUUAUUAUUAUUAUUUUUUUCCUGAUCGGAUCAAUAUUACCAGCACACGUCUCUACUGUAUUUUUAUGAAGAGAGGAAAAAAAGAAUAAAAAAAACAGCAAAUGGACAUCUCAAAGCGCAUUCAGGUGCCGACUUAUGAAUGCUGACAAGGUGCAGGUACCUCAACCUCUUCAUUUCAGUUCAUUUUUCUCUUUUUUAGGUUUUAUCUAUUCCUAUUUUUCUGUCUUCUGGACAAGAUUGCCUGUGACAACCAACAAACCAAGCAACCAUCUACCAUGUUGGACAAUAAAAUAAUGCUGCAAACCUUGGAGGAACAUUUAAGACUGUUACACACAACUUUCCUCAAGGGAUUUUUUGUUUGUUUCUGAACAGUUCUUUUUUUUUCUGACAGCAUGUGCUAUACAAAACUACGGUAAACGUGUCUUUUUACGGAACUAACGGGUGUCUCUAGAACACAGAAAAAGUUGGAAGACAAACUAAUUUCUUUUUUUAUUGUUUUGGUUUUGUGGUGUGAAGACUGGGCUCGGAUUAGUGAGGGGUUGGAUGAACGUAAUUUCUUUUUUAUGACAAGGUGUAAAAGAAAAGGUGUUUUUUUCUUUUUUUUUUAAAAUGGAGAUGGCUUGCAACUAGAGUUUGGUUAGUGCAUUGUCAGUGACGGUGCAUCUUAUUUGGUACGGAACUACUUCUCAGGUAACCAGUCUCAAAGGGUUGGGGGGGUUACGUCUUUUACGUCUUUCCGUGUAGCGAAAAAAAGGCAGACCCAUCAGGAAGUUAGGCAGAUAGGGGUCUACCUGACCACUUCCGUGGCUCAGUUAGCCCCAUGGGUUGAUGAGCCAGACUGGAAGUUGGAAGGUAACCAGUAAAUUAAAACACUAAAAAAACUAAAACAAUAUGUGCAAGACCAUGGUGAAGAUGUAUGGCUGUGAGCGGAUGAAUGAAUGAAUGAAUGAAUGAGUGAAUGAGUGAAUUAAUUAAUGAAUGAAUGUAUGUGCAAAAGAGUCUGAACAAGGAAGUGGGAAGUCGACCACAAAACAAGUGUUGGCCUAGAUGGCCGUCAGUAGAUAAAUGUGUUAUGUUGGCUUUUUAUUUAGUUUUUUUUUCCUUUGUUUUAUUUUUUGUCCGCGUUAUUUUUUUCUCUGUCUUUAAUCUAGAAUACAUUUUGGAUGUCGGGAGUUAAUGACUUAGAUUCUGACAACAGAGGCCAGCCUCAUUCUCAUUAAAGCCUGUAUCUUCAACUAGUGUUGGACAUGAAGAUGGAUUCCAGUACAUGCAUCUUGGCCGGGUCCUUUCGUAUUUUACCUCUUUCUCACAGGGACCAAAAUUUGAGUUAUGACCUCAGCGGUCCUGAAUUGUAGAGACAUUUCCACAGGGCAAUGGACAAGACAGAAAAAAAGAGUUCAAACUUCACUUCAUGACUGAACGGCCACAUUCUAUUUGAAUAGAGGGGAGAAAAAAGAAAAGAAAAAAAAAAAAAGGAUCAUUAUUGUUCUUUGUCUUAAACGUGGCACGUGAGAAACCUUAUUUCUGUAUGCCAUAAUGUAACAGUGAAUGUCCACAAUGCUGCUGUUUCAACUCAAAGAUGAAUAUAUUUCUAUAUAUAUUCCUUUCUUCUGUGCAUUACACAUACAACUCUCGGUAGAAACUGCAUACAAAUGCAUAUAUUCAUCAACAGAAAUGUCAAGGCUUCCGAGGUGAACCAGAAUAACAUAAAACAAUAAAGUCUAGAGCGAAAAUGCUAAAAAACAGAUAAUUGUUCAUGAACCACAGACCACCUCAAACCAGAAAUACCUCAGAUUUUUCUAUGUGUAUGACUUCUGUUAUAUAUUUUGUUAGUUGUGUUGACUUGUAGUAAGUAUAUUUUAAUGUAAAUUGGCUUUUAUGAUUAGGGAGUUUUGGAAAAUUAAAAAAGUCCAAAAUCUUUUAAGAAGUGCUAGUUAUGUUGCAUAAUGUGAGAGAAAUCAUGUAAAUAGCUGUAUACAACUAGAAUUCUGCCUAUUCAUGACACCUGGGCAUUAUUCAUUGUUUGUGCUGGCUGUUUCCUCUAAUGUUCUUUUCCUGUCUGUUACUACAUGGGACAUUGAACCUUUAUCUAUUUGGCUAAAAUCAACUAUAACAAAAAAAUCUUCAGAUUCGCCUACCCCUUUCUCUCUUUAACUGUAUUAUACUAUAUUUUAUUUGCACAUCCCCAAAAUGCUGUUCCUUUUUAUUGUCAUUUGUUUACUAUAAUAACUUUCUUUAAAAGCAUUAUGAAUUAGCAUGGAGAUAGACGGGCAAUGCAGAUUGACCCUCUUCCAUUUUUUUUAACUCACACAAAGUGACCUCACCAAAUUUACCAUUGUAAAUUAUUUUGUGAAAUCCCAGUUCUUUAAAAUAGAUGUAUUUUUACACAGAAAAAAAAAUCGACUGAUCAGUGAUUCGUGGAUAGAGCUUGUGGUUCCAAAAGGGAGGGCAGUGAAAGGUUUGGUGUCCCACCUGCUGUGUCCUUGGCGCAUAGGCUUCAUGAGGCUCUGCAGCGGCUGCUUUAGACCCCCAUGAAUACACUUCACCCCAAACGAAGAGCUUUAAUUUAUUCCUCAUGGUGCCAUGUGUUAGCUCUGGGUUCUGCACUUCCACUUGUCACACUUAGCACUCAGAUUUGGGAGUAUAUGCUCUGUGACCGUAACCGAUUGAUAAAGUCAGAACCCCUUGGACCUAUCUCGGUCAUCAUGGACUCUGUUUUGGUUACUUACUUCCAGAUGGAUGUGGUUCGUUAGCAUGGUUAGCCAACCGCUUUGGCUUAAUUUGCUGUGAGUAUGCUUUAGCAGGUCUUCAUUUCAACUCAUGAAAUAUAGUGUAUGAAGCCCUUCCCCAAUGAAGCUUAUUGCCAAUAUUAAAAGAAAAGGAAUUGUCCCACUACCAAAGUAGUUUAAAUGGUAAAGUAUGUGCUUUGCAUUUCAUUAUAAUACAGUGUAGAAUACAGUUAAUUGUAUGAGUUUCGGAAAUCAUCAAACCCAUUUGUUUUGGUCAUUGGCAUCAUUUGCUCUGCCAGUGCCCUCAGAUUUGUAAGAUAAGAGUACAUCAGCUCUUGGCCUGUUUUCUGCUGACUGGUGCUUUGAAUAGUUGCCAACUGGGACAGACUACAUAGCAAGCAAUAUCCUCUGCAAUAGAUUUCUGUUGUUUCUAAACUGAGUGUACUCAUAGGGAUUGUAAGAUCUUUGAGCAAUCAACCAAAUCCACCGUACUUUAGGUGCUGUGUUUUGAUUACGCCUGGAUUAUUCUGAUGUUUGUCGAUCCUUGUCAAUGCUUUGGUAUUUGUUGAUGGUUUGUUUCCAUUUAAUGAAUUAUUGACCUCCUUUUGUACAACAUUUGAGAUGUAGCCAAAUUCCUUGCAUUUUGAACUCUGCAAGAGGAUAACCAAAGUCUGUCUGUCUUCGCUUCUAAAGGGGGCUUUGAAGUUCUUCAUGAAUUUGCAACAUGAUUCAAUUAGCAUCAAAGCAUUCAUGAAAGUCACGUGAAACCUCUUUCAAUAUGAUGUAAGAUUGUAAGACGAUGAUCAGCUAGUCAGUAUUCAAAUCCCCAUGUUCCAUUAGUUGCUUUGAAGCACUUUGUUUAAAUGUUUAUAUUAAGAAAGUAAAAAAGUUAGAUGUGAUUGGCUGUAUAAACAAGUUAUCACAUAAUAAAUUACUGCUACAUAUGGUCAGAAAACAUCUAAACUAUCUUACUGUGUAUUAGCAAUACUCUUGGAGGUUUUAUGAGGCAAUGGAAGAGACUAGUAUUUCUCUGGUGUUUCAUCAUAUUUCAGUUUCCCCCGUUAUGCCAAAAGGAAGAGUCCUCUAUGUGAAUUGAAAAAUGCUGAGGUUAGGGAUUUGGGAUAAUGUAUUUUUUUCAACAUGCCAGAGUCGUUCCAAAAAUAAUUUUAGUUUAAGUGCUGCAAAUGUAGAUGUGCACGUAGAGAACAGGCACCCCGUGUGUCAGGGUCCAUGUUGACUAAGAUGGCCUCUCCGGAAGAUGAAAUGCAUGAAAUAUCAGCAACAGUCCAAACCUCUAGUCAGAGGUGUUCUGAUGUUGUGCCUUUGUUUUCCACAUCACAUUACCCAAGCAGCCUCUGCAAAAGCCUCUCCCUUGUUUUUUGCUUCCUCUCUUGUUGUUUCUGUCAUAGUAUCACAAAAAGUGAAAAAGACAAAAAAAAGCACCAUAUAUAAUAUAAAUCUCUAAAAAGUGACCAGCUGUAAUUCUGGAUGCAGUCUUAGAUCCAGGUUUUCAGGAACCAAUUACCUCAGACCUCAUGUGAAAACAGUGUUGCUAGCUGGAUAGUCGUAGAUACUAUGAUUAAGUGAUGUACACUUUCGUCUUACGAACAGGAAAACCUCUUUUGUACUGGUGUAACAUAUGAUCAUACAACCAUGCACCCCUUGACAAUGUGAAAACCUCUUCCUCGCUGAGCUUGUGACUUCUGUUUGAGAUGAAAGAAAUGGUACUGUAUGGGAAGCCUCUAUGGAUCUCCUGUGAGUCUGUUUCACCAUAGAAGUGAAUACAGAGGGAGGCCUAGAAGCAAAUGCAACAUGCACAGGCUCUCAGAGAUUAUCAGUUGGCACAACUACAAUAACAAAAUGACAUGCAAACAAACAACUGCAUUGGAAUUGGUAUCUGGUAAUUGAUGAAUUUAUUAAGGAACAGGUAAAAAAAAAUCUACAGACAAAAGCAUUAUUCAUGUUAACUUUGGCAACAAGCUUCUCUUUAAUUUUGUAUAUUUGUUGGUCUCAUUUGUGCUGUCUAAACCAAUGUAUCCUUAUCAAAGUAUUUUCCAAUGUAAGCUAUUGUUUUGUAUGACUGCACUAUAGAAAUCUGAAGCAAACAUACAUGGAGAAGUGGAUGAUUUAAUACAUUACCUCAGUUGAAUUAAAAUUCAGGUCAAGUAUCAAAAACUGUUCUUAUCUUAGCAGUUGCUAUACAGUACUACUUACAUGGCCUCAUACGACUUCUGCAAUGUCUGCAGUGAUACCUGUAAUUAUAUUUUCUUUUUUCUUUUCCAAUGCCAUCAGUACCAUGUUUUUGUCCAAACGGGUCAGGGUCACCAUAGAAGGAUACUGGAAGAAAUCAGCGGCUUCCUCGAAUGAUACCAGUGACUUUGCAACCACUCUGAGUACAAAAUGCUGUAUUCCUCUAUUCACUGAUACAGUCUUUGUUUUUCUAUUAGUCUUCAGGUCUCAUGUCACCACAGUCCAUACUGUGAAUUGACCAAGGCGGUUCCAAAGGAGGUUUUCUUUCUUGUCUUGUCAAGGGGUCAUAUUUAAAGUGCUGUUUCUAUACCAGAUUAUGUGAAAUGUAAAUGUUUUAGGUUAUGUUUCACUGUAGCUAAAUUGUAGAACAGAGAUGGCUUGUACUACUGAUUUUAACAUAAAUAUACUAAAAAAUCUGUAUGAGACAGAAGUGUAUACAGAGUUGAGCUUGUUGCUGUAACCCCUCUUUCAAUUGAAGAGUAUGUUAAAAGAAAAAAGGUUUUAUAUAUAUGAAAUGCCCAGGAAAAAUCCAACAUCCAUUGUAUUGCCGUAAUGAACUGAGGACUUUUUGAACGAUCAUUGUAACAUAGUUCUUUAAUUUGCAGUGGAUCAUUGUUCCUUUUUACUGUGGUAAUUUAGAGCUCAGUAUCCAGAGUUUGAGAUAGAUUUGCCUAGAUUUCGGGAUGUGGUUGUUUCAGCUCUGCAUUGGUGCCAGAAUAAACCAGUAUGAAUGUAGUAUUUGCCCAGUGUGAAACAACUACAACCUGACUGUUAGAGAAAAAAAUACUAGAAAGGAUUAUUUCAAUUUUAUCUUUUUGUAUAUGAAAGUAAACAAUAAAAUACUGAUAAAGCAUUUCA